AGUCGAAAAAUUUCCGAUCCGGAAGCGUUAUAAUCUCGUACAAGGACUGCAUUUAUCAUGGGGAAGAGAUCGAAUAGACGCCCCGUUCGAUAUGAAAAGGAUCAGUUGGGAUGUAUGUGGGGAUUGAUAACUAUGUUUGAUUUCCGCCAUGGUCGAACGACUCAGAGACUGCUUUCGGAUCGAAGCAUGGAGAGAUCAUUUGGUUUGUUCGGAUAUCGGUGCUUGUCGGACCCUGCUAUGUACAUCGGUUCUAAGAACUUGUUUAAUUGUGCAGGUAUCGGAAGUUCAGCUAGUCUGGUUGAAGAGAAAGCAAUGGCAAUGGAUACGUGUAAGCCAAGCGUGAAGAAACUCCUCGAAGAAGAAAUGUCGAGAGAGCAAGUUGCUAAUAUAGAGGUAAACAAUACCGAACACGAAGCGAAAGAGUUCAGUUCGGGGGAAGGAGACAGCGGAAGGAAGAGCCGGAAAAGAAGUAACAAAGUUCGCAAGAAAAGUUCCGGGAACAGUCUGGUCGUCGAUGCUGCCAAGAACUUGGUAUUGCAAGUAUCAUGUCAGCAUAAAUCUGAUCAACGAACACCAGGCAGUCUUGAUGUAGACAAUCUUGUAGAGGAGUUUCGUCAUGAAUACGAUCGGAAAAGAAUCGAUUGUGUGCAUCAUGAUUGGUCUGCCGAACCGAAGAGCUCCGGUUUUGAAGAAAGAUUGAGUGAGGCUAUCAAGUUCUUAGUGAGUCAGAAGCUUAUUAACAGGAACCAACUUAUGGAAGGUGGGGAACUCCAAGCCUCGAAAGAAGUCAUGGAUGCACUUCAAGUUUUGAGUUUAGAUGAGGAAUUGUUUCUGAAACUUCUACGAGAUCCGAACUCGAUGUUGGUGAAAUAUGUUAAAGACUUGCCGGAUGAUCGCGACAUAGAGUCGAAGCCUCUUGUUGGAUCCAACUUCUCAGAGCAGGUGCCUGUUGGUUUAAGACAAUCGAAUGAACCUGUUAAUAGGAAACAGCGGAACUUUUUAGAAGAAGCUUCCACUAGAAUCGUUGUUUUGCAGCCUGGAUUGACGACAUGUUUGCAAACACCUGAAACCGGAAGCGGCCGAGGCUCAUCGCCGGAGCCUAAGCACAUCAUCAGACAUAGAGAGCCUCACUUUUUUCUUGCUGAAAUAAAAAGAAAGUGGAAACAUGCUAUGGGAAGAGAGCAACGUAGAAUUCCCACCAAUGAAAUUUCGAAAAGAGUUUCAGGCGAGCCGAAAAAUCUGGGGGACACCGGAGGGUUCAAGGAAUAUAUCACAAUGAAUUCUCCAACUAAAGAUAAUUUCUUUAUUGAAAGAGUUGCCAAACCUUCCACUGGUGCCAAAAGAGGAGAAAGGAUCAGCAAGCUAAAGGGCUCCGAAACGGGUACUGAUCUUGAGACUAAUUUCUCCAGGGAUUCGAACAUCUAUAUCGAGGCGAAGAAACAUCUCUCCGAGAUGCUAACUGAUGGUGAUGACAAUGUGGAUCUUUCAAGCAGACAAGUUCCGAAAACGUUAGGGAGGAUUCUUUCUCUCCUUGAUCAUAACUCUUACCCUGUUGGCAGCCAUGGGAGGAGCUUGGAGCCUACUUUUAUAACUACACAGAUGAGAUUGGGUGGCUCUGAUAAACUCGACAAUGUCAGCCGUCGUAGUCGAGCAGCAGAGGAAAUAGAGACCCGGCUUUGCAUUUCCGAUAAUAAAACCGGCGAUGAAAUCCAAGGUGAUAAUGUAGUUUUGGAGAAACUCGAUGCUUUUGUGAAUGAUGACAAAGUGGAUCAAGAUGAUUGUUCUAUCAAAGAUGUAACGAGUUCCGGAGGUAUUAUGGUUCAGGAAGAAACUAAGGUCUUGGAUGCUUCUUCUAAGACUUCCAUUACAACAGAUAAAAUUGUUGAUGUAUCUGAAGUUUAUUAUGAAAAACAAUAUCCACAUUGCUCGAAACAAGAGUUAUCUGAAGGGGACCAACAGUCAUUUUCUCCAUUAGCAUCUCCAUCGAAUUCACCGGUCACCAAAAAGGUUGAAGGUGUAGAGAGUGUUAGUGAUAUACAGGAGAGGCCGAGUCCCAUAUCUGUUCUUGAGCCGAUAUUCGCAGAUGAUGUUAUCAGCCCCGCUAGCAUCAGAUCUAUUUCUGGUGAAACAUCCAUACAACCGCUAAGAAUUCGAUUCAAAGAAAAUGGUUCAUCAGCAAAUCACAGUGGUGGUUUUAAAACUUGCAUGGAUGAUAAGGAAUCAAUAUUUGAGCACAUAAAGGCUGUGCUGCAAGCCUCGAGUUUCGACUGGGAUAAACUCUACUUUAGGUCGCUUUCUUCGGACCAGCUUCUUGACCCUCUGUUGCUUGAUGAGGUAGAAUACUUGCCCAACCAACUUUGUCACGACAAGAAACUGCUCUUCGACUGCAUUAACGAAGUUUUCAUCGAGGUUUGUGUGUACUAUUUUGGUUCCCCCGGCAUGUCAUUCGUUAAAAUGAAUAUCUGUCCUCUUCCUAACUUGAAAAAUACCAUUGAAGAGAUUCAGCAAAGAGUUUAUUGGCAUGUGCUCCCAUUGCCGCUACCUCGUACUUUAGACCGGGUAGUACGAAAAGACUUGGCCAAAACAGGGACAUGGAUGGAUCUUCGACUCGAUGCAGAUUUUAUCAGUGUCGAGAUUGGUGAAGCCAUCCUCAAAGACUUGGUCGAAGACACUAUAACAAGCUACAUAAAUGUAAGUCCCGAAUGUGAAUAUCGUGACGAAGGACUAGAAGAGUGACAUCAACUCGUAGAAGGCAAUCAACUCGGUUUUGUUCAUACUUCAUUCCAAUAAUGCACCUCUCAAUGGGUCAGAGUGGGAGCAAAGCAAGCUAAUCAAGUCCCAACAAGCAAGAAGGGCUUCAUUUAACACCCCUACGUGUUUUGUCGGAUGCUGCGACGACACUUUAGUAACCGGGUC